AUGUUUUCGGGCAUGUUUCGGCGGCGACAGGCUUCCGACCCCGCCGCGGCUGAGUCGCCCAGUCCAUAUCAGGUUCCUCUGUACAUCAACGCAGCCUACUAUCCGAACUGGCGAAUCUACAAGAAGCAGCCGCCGUCGUCUCUGCGCUUGGGCUUUAUCUCCCACGUCUUCUACGCCUUUGCCUGGGUCAGAGAAGAUGGCACAAUCUACUUGAGCGAUCAAUGGGCGGAUACGCAAAUGCCAGUGGAUGGGACGGAGGGCUGCCUUCGUGCCUUUGUGCAGCUGAAACAACAAUAUUCCAAGAUGCGAGUCAUUCUCUCCGUAGGAGGUGGUGGCAAAGGCAGCGAAAACUUUGCAGCCGUCGCUCGGAAUCGGUCCCUGCUUGAUACGUUCGCUCAGAGCGCACGCGGCUUGGUGGAUCAAUUUGGGCUAGAUGGCAUUGACGUGGAUUGGGAACAUCCCGCUGAUCCCCAGCAAGGCAGGGAUUAUGUUCGCUUGCUGGCCAAAUUGCGCGAGGUCUUGCCAGCUCCACGCUUUGUGCUAGCUUCUUGUCUUCCCGCCGGUCAAUGGGCUCUCCAGAACAUCGAUUUGACUUCAGCUCACCAGUAUCUGGACAUGCUUAAUCUGAUGGCUUACGACUUCUCGGGACCUUGGAAUCCUGAAACGGCCCAUCAAGCACAGCUCUACGGCUCCCCAAUCUCAGGCUGCACAGCCGUCAACUACGUCUUAUCCCAAGGCGUCCCUUCCAGAAAGAUCAUCCUAGGGAUUCCGGCUUAUGGGCGUUCAUUUUUAGGCAGCAAUGGACCCGGGCAGUUUUAUAGUGCUUCUGGUGGCGAGGAAGGCGUCUUCGACUACUCUGACUUGCCGCGGCCAGGGUCCGUCGAAUACUAUGACAAGUCCAUUGGUGCUGCAUCCUGCGUGGGGCCCGACGGGGGGUUCGUGACAUAUGACAUUCCAGCCACAGUCCAACAAAAGGCCGAGUUUGUGACCUCGUCAAAGCUAGGUGGUCUUUUUUAUUGGCAUAUCUGCUCCGAUGUCCGUGGACCGCGCAGUCUGAUCGAGACUGGGUAUAACACGCUUCAUGAGAUGUAG